AAGGCCGGACCAAAUGGAUCACGUGACUCGAGGGGGCGGGAGGAGGAGGACUGAGAAAACAGCGAAUUUGCCUCCGCACUUUCUCUUCCGAAAGGCGGGCGGAGCCGAAAACCAAACAAACUUCUGCUGUGCGAUGAGGGGCGGGACAGACGGGGGCGGACUGAGCUUCCUGCGCCGAGGCUCUCACCGAAUUGGUUUUUCGGUUGUUGGUCACUGUGGCAGAGCGGUCUGCGGUCGGGCUGAGACGUGGGGAGCAAUGGCGACCUUUGUGAGCGAGCUGGAGGCGGCCAAGAAGAACUUGAGCGAGGCCCUAGGGGACAACGUGAAACAAUACUGGGCUAACUUAAAGUUGUGGUUCAAGCAGAAGAUCAGCAAAGAAGAGUUUGACCUUGAAGCUCAUAGACUUCUCACGCAGGAUAAUGUCCAUUCUCACAACGAUUUCCUCCUGGCUAUUCUUACGCGUUGUCAGAUUUUGGUGUCUACCCCAGAGGGUGCUGGAUCUUUACCCUGGACGGGGGGUUCUGCAGCUAAACCUGGAAAACCAAAGGGAAAGAAAAAGCUUUCUUCUGUUCGUCAGAAAUUUGACCAUAGAUUCCAGCCUCAAAAUCCCCUCUCGGGAGCCCAGCAGUUUGUGGCAAAGGAUCCCCAAGAUGAUGAUGAGUUGAAACUUUGUUCCCACACAAUGAUGCUUCCCACCCGGGGUCAGCUUGAAGGGAGAAUGAUAGUGACGGCUUACGAGCACGGGUUGGACAACGUCACGGAGGAGGCCGUCUCAGCUGUUGUCUACGCGGUGGAGAAUCACCUUAAAGAUAUAUUGACGUCAGUUGUGUCGAGAAGGAAAGCUUAUCGGUUACGUGAUGGUCAUUUUAAAUAUGCCUUUGGUAGUAACGUAACCCCACAACCAUACCUGAAGAAUAGCGUAGUAGCUUACAACAGCUUAAUAGAAAGUCCUCCAGCCUUUUCUGCUCCUUGUGCGGGUCAUAACCCGGCCUCUCACCCGCCCCCUGAUGACGCCGAGCAGCAGGCCGCCCUCCUGCUGGCAUGCUCUGGGGACACUCUGCCUGCCGCUUUGCCUCCAGUCAACAUGUAUGACCUUUUUGAAGCUUUGCAGGUACACAGGGAAGUCAUUCCCACACACACCGUAUACGCUCUCAACAUUGAAAGGAUCAUCACGAAACUCUGGCAUCCAAAUCACGAAGAGCUGCAGCAAGACAAAGUCCACCGCCAGCGCCUCGCAGCCAAGGAGGGGCUUUCGCUCUGCUGAACGAGGGUGACUUGAGGGUAGGGGGGCCUCAGCAAAUUCAUUGGUUAUUGAGAAUUGAAUGUUUUGGGGGGUCCACAUUUCAAGACUGAAGUGUGUGGUGUAAAUAUAGCCUUUCCUGUGGAAACGUGGCACUGAGUACCUUUUGCGUUGCUACUGUGAAGCUGUUCAUACAAAUCUGACUUUGAUAAUGACCCAUAUGUCUGUAUGUCUGUAUGUGUUCCCAGUUAUGGGAGUGAGCACUGAGAAAAAGUCUGUGCCGGGAAUGAUGUUUUUAGGCAUCUGAGAGGCAUCUGAGGCUUAGUAUCCUUGGGUCUGCAUGUGAGGUAGAUGACAUCCUAGAACAAAGAAGCCGUUAUAAUUUAGUCCCCGUGAUCAGCAGGACAUCUGUGUGUUCAGUGACAGCAUAUACUCUGUAUCUGGCAAGCCUAAAAUUUCUGCCUUUCUCCUGAAGAACUGUGCUCUCGCAUUUUGGUUGAAAUAACCUACACAGUGUUAAAAAUCAUAUACCUCCUUUAGUGACCGGUUUAAUUUUUUUAACAGAUUUGGGUAGCUCCCUAAAAAUUCAUUACAACUCCGUAGAAAAUAGGACUUAGAAAUGCUGUGCUGUUAGACAAGAUAAAGUCCUUUCUUUGCAUUAAAAGCCAAAAUAAAAACUCUGGAAUGUAAUUGACCUUAUGAAGUUUCUUCUCAGAACUUAAGUUUCUUUUACAGUUAAUACGCCCAAAGACUUUUAUUGGUAGUUUCACCUGUUGAUUAUUCCUAUAGAAUAUAUUUUAAGAAGCCCACGUAAACAUACGGGAUUUAUACUUAGAAACUCCCUAAUUCCUAUGAAGUAUCUGUUCCUCUCCUUUCAGAUGAUAAAGUGAACACAAUUUACAUCUGGCAGUGUUACUAAUAAUAAAGUUUGUUUUUUUAGAGGUGAUGCUUUUUACUAAAGAGAAGGUGUUGGUGACUAUAUUAGAAUGUACAGAUGGGUUGUGUAGGCCUAAGUAAUAUACGUACAGAUAUGUAUACAUGGUUCAAUAUUUGGAUCUAUUUGGUUGUGUACUUUAAAUGUGACAAAUAAACCUUUUGGG